GUGGUUGUGACCUUUCUUUAGAUGGUAGUCCUGAUGAGAUUCUGUAACUAGUUGCUGGAUAUAACUUGUCUAGCUUGUAUCCUGCUACUGUAGGAAAUCUCAAACUUAAAAUAAAUAAUUUUCGUAUGAGUGUAGGCAUGGCCAUGCAAAUUGUUCAAGGUUUCGUGUGCUGUCUAGUUUGCCUUAUUAAAAUUCUUGGUAGUGAUUAGUGAGGUAUAAGUAUCUUUACUCACGCUCUUUAGGCCCUCUUCCCCUCGUUUUUUCAUUAUUCUAAGGUAACAGUCACCUCUAAGUGUCGGUUCCACAACUUAUUGAUAAGCUUCCAAGAAUUUCUUAUAUAACUCAUUUUUCAUCUUUUUGAAACCGAAAUCAAUGACAGUUUAUAUAAGCUUCAGACACUCAUCGGAAAUGUGGCUGAAAAUAUUGACUACAGAAGGUGUAACUGAGAAUGCUGAAGACGUUUGACCGCUGUUUCAUUCUACUGCUUGGUAUAAGUUUCAUCCCAUGCAUGUUUUUUCUUAGUAUCCUAAUGGCGACCUCAAUAUUCAUGUUGCGUGGAUAUUUAUGUUCAGAUUACAUGACAGUUACCCUGGUGCGUAUUUAUGGUGGCCACUAAUAAAAUGCUAGGGUCGCCCACAUUAAUUUAUAUUUUGAACCAUUUUUAUUCUUAAUGUAGAAUUUUGCAUGUUGUUAAUGAGUGAUUUUUAAUCGAUAUCCGGCUUUCAAAUGACUGUUUUUAGGCUAUUAUUGAUAUAAUUUACCAAAUCCUCUUUUAGUCUUAAACUGAACAAUCUGGAACAUUUCGUACAGCAAUUCAAGUAGUUGGAAUUGUAUUCUUCAGUUCUUUCGAAUAACACAAACGUUUACGACGAAAUGAAGUUGGUUGGAAGUGCAUUGUACAUUGUUGGCUGACAUGAUUUAUUGUUAUUUGGUGCAUUAACCACAAUGUAGGAAUUUAACUACCAGUUGUAUAUAUUUUCUCCUGUGUGACAAGUUCUUUUAACUGUGUGUGACUCCAAUUACUUUAAGUUUUCAUUAAAACUUUGUACGAAAUUGUUCAGUGUAUUUUACCUCAGAGCCACAGAAUAUUACUGUUUUGGUUGGAAUAUUAUCUAGGGUUUUCAUCACGAACUGACAUCAACUAUAAUGCCAAAACUAUUUUACCAAAAUUCCGCGCCCUGUUAUGUCAUACCUCGUAUAUGUGCUGUGCUUCGACGGAAAAAUAAUUGUCUCUUAUAUUGUUUUUAUAUUAUUUAAUUGAAUGCUAAACGUUUUUUAUUUAAUUCAGGUGAUAUUCUUAGACUUCAAAGAUGGCUUAUGAGAUCUCUGUUCCUGAUGCGUAUAGGUAUAGAACGAUUUUCGAUCAACUUCAGCCAACCUAUGGGAAAUUAUCUGGGGAAAAAAUUAGAGAGGUAUUUUUAAAGUUUCAGUUACCAGUUGAAACUCUUGGAAAAAUAUGGGACCUUUCAGAUAUUGAUAAUGAUGGUAGUCUAGAUCAGAGCGAGUUCAUUGUUGCUAUGCAUUUGGUCCAUCAGUCACUGGAGGGUAAAAUAUUACCGGACAAACUACCAAAGAAUUUAGUUCCUCCUGACAAAGAACAUUAUUUUUCAAACUCUACGUCUAUUAAUAAUUCCAUGUUGUGUUUACCGCCUAUUACUAGUGAUGCUGAUUUUAAUUUGGCACUAGUCCCUGUGCAGUCUACAUCAGAAUUAAAUCCAAAACAGAGUACUGGAUAUUUAUCAGCGCUUGUAUCCGCUUUUCCAACCGGUGAAACAUUAACUACACAGUCAACUCAUACAACUCCCACUGUUUGGGCUCUGUCUGGUCAUCAACCUUAUCUUCAGUCGUAUAAUUUUCCAGAAUGGGCUAUUUCAGCAGACGAACAUGCAAAAAAUCUGAGAGUUUUUGCUGCCCUAGAUAUGGAUGCUGAUGGGUUAGUUUCAGGCCCUGAAGUGAGAGAUAUUCUGAUGCGAUCCGGUUUACCUCAAGAUAUUCUCGCUCAUAUAUGGGAGCUGGUUGAUAUACAAAAUACUGGUUUGUUAAACAGUGAACAGUUUACAGUGGCCAUGCAUUUGGCAACGGAACAGUUAUCUGCGGGCUUAUCUAAUCGUACCCUUCCUAAUGUACUUCCACCAGCUUUACUUCCACCAAGUUUGCGCCCUAUUCCUCCAGAUCCGUCUAUUUAUGAAGAAUCUAACAAACUAAUUGUAGAAAUAGAAGCAUUAAGCCGUACUACUACUACUACUACUACUGCUACUACUAUUACUACUACUACUACUACUACUACUACUACUACUACUACUACUAAUAAUAAUAAUAAUAAUAAUAAUAAUAAUAAUAAUAAUAAUAGUAAUAAUAAUAAUAAUAACAAUAAUAGUGUUGAUGCAGCUAUUUGA